AUGGCCCGUCGUCCCACACUCUUCGUUCUGGCCGCCGCCGCCUGCGUUUGGCUCUUCUCCUCAAGCAUCUCCAGCCCUGAGCAGGAGGUCUUCGUUGUCCAGACCCCUGCCCUGCGUGGCCAGGGUGCCUUCACUGGCAACACUGUGGAGAUCUCCGCAGUUGACUCCCCGGUGGUGUUGAAGGCUCUGCCUGAGCCACGCCCCAACGAUGCCAUGCUGCCAGUCGAGCUGAACCGAACCUCCUUGUACUGGGGCUUGCUGUUGAUUUGCAUCCUCUCGGUGCUGUUCUCCAGCUACUUCUUUAACUGA